CUAAACCGCCUCCCCAAUGGGCGGAGAUAGAGAAAAACCUCCUAAAACCUUAUGCAUUAGCCGAUCUCAUGUGGCUGCCAAAGAAACAUAGGCCACCUCUGACCCACUCUCCUGACCUCAUUACACUGAGACUCCAAAUAUGGGACAGGCAUAGGGCCACACUCAGCUCAAAGACAACACUAUCACCAGCCACGCCGAUAGCGGCCCUACCUUAUUGCAUCCCUACCUUCCAUGCCAGACCAUGGCUAGACAAAAAAUUAACACACAUAUACCAAGUCCUGCAACAAGGGGAAUUAAUGGAUUUCGCCAAAUUAAGAGACAUGCAUAGUCUCCCUCAGGCCUCACUCUUCUCACACAUGCAGCUAAGUUCGUUUCUCCGCAAGCUGUCAACUGUGGAGACACGAUCAGACCCUGCGAAUAAGCAAAUCACAGGGUGGGAGCAGAUAUGCAUAAAUGAAGCCUUACCACCCUUAUGUAAACCAAUCUCCAUGUGUUACCGACUCCUAGCGAACUGUCUACCAUUUCCCACCACAAAAAUUGCACAACAGUGGGCCACAGACUUAGAUGAGGAUAUCACAUCCCAUCAAUGGCACACUCUAUUCCAGGAU